CAUAAACUCACUCACUGCUUACAUCAACAAGUCAAUACUUUCUUUAUUUUCUUGUUAUUUGUUAGUAAUUUGCAAGUGAAUCGCCAACGAUGAUGAUGUCAAUUUUCAGUUCCUUUGAUGCCCUCUCUGCUGAACUUUUUGGGCAGAAAUUGAGUUUUUCUAAGCCAUCUAGUACUGACACAAAACAACAAGGGGUUGGAACUCUUGUAUCAGAUAAAAAAACCGCCUCUUCUCCGCCGGCUACUUCUUCAACCGGUAUUCUGAAGAAGGCCGGAGAGGCAUCGCCGCCGCCAUCUUCGCGGCAGCAGCAGCAGAAGAGGCAGAGGUUCGCUCUGGAAUUCGACGGCGUCCACUGUUUUGAAACUAUAAUUCCCUAUUGAUUUUUGUUUUUACUAAAAUUACGAGAUUGAAAUUUCAUUUAUUCUUGUCUACCAUGAUCAUUGUUACGACUCAUCUAUGAUGUAAAUUUUGGUGAUUGAUAUAUACAAUUUAUGGAUUUUGAUAUCAGUUUGUAA